AGAAUGGAUGAAAGAAACUGCUCCUCAAUCACUCAGUUUAUUCUAUUGGGAAUUACUAAUAACCCUGUCAUAGAAGUGGUUCUAUUCAUUGUAUUUCUUCUCGUCUACCUCAUUAUUCUUGUGACAAAUAUUGGAAUGAUCGUUUUGAUCAGAAUGGAUCCCCAGCUUCACACACCAAUGUACUUCUUUCUUAGCCACCUCUCUUUCUCUGACCUCUGCUAUUCAACUGCAGUUGGACCAAAGAUGCUGCUGGACCUAAUGGACAAACACAAAUCUAUAUCUUUCAUUGGCUGUGCCUUGCAGUUUUUCUUCACCUGUAUCUUUGUAGAUGCUGAGUGCAUGCUAUUGGCAGUGAUGGCCUUUGAUCGGUACAAGGCCAUCAGCAAUCCCCUUAUGUAUGUAGUAGACAUGUCCAGUAGGGUUUGUUACUAUCUCCUAGCUGGAGUUUACCUAUUAGGAAUGAUAGAUACUGUGAUACAUACUGUAAUGACUUUUGGGUUAUGUUUCUGUGGAUCUAAUGAGAUUAAUCAUUUUUUCUGUGAUAUCCCUCCCAUUCUGUUACUAUCUUGUUCAGAUACACAGGUCAAUGAGUUAAUCACCUUUAUUAUUUUUGGUUUCAUUGAACUGAGCACUAUCUCAGGAGUCCUUGUUUCUUAUUGUUACAUUAUCUCAUCAGUCUUAAAAAUCCACUCCACUGAGGGGAGGUUCAAAGCUUUCUCCACCUGUGCCUCUCACUUAACUGCAGUUGCCAUUUUCCAGGGAACAUUGCUCUUUAUGUAUUUCCGACCUGCUUCUGCUUACUCUCUGGAUCAAGACAAGAUGGCCUCACUUUUUUACACCCUAGUAAUUCCCAUGCUCAACCCUCUGAUUUACAGCCUUAGGAACAAGGAUGUAAAAGAGGCCCUGCAAAAACUGAAAAAUAAAACAUUCCUUUAAAUAAAGAUACACAUUAAAUGCA